AAAGAAUUAGGAGAGUUCUUUUCGGCCGGAACCGCCAUCUUCCAGUAAUUCGCCAAAAUGACCAACACAAAGGGAAAGAGGAGGGGCACCCGCUACAUGUUCUCUAGGCCUUUUAGAAAACAUGGAGUUGUUCCUUUGGCCACAUACAUGCGAAUCUACAAGAAAGGUGAUAUUGUAGAUAUCAAGGGAAUGGGCACUGUUCAAAAAGGAAUGCCCCACAAAUGUUACCAUGGCAAAACUGGGAGAGUCUACAAUGUUACCCAGCAUGCUGUUGGCAUCAUUGUAAACAAACAAGUUAAGGGCAAGAUUCUUGCCAAGAGAAUUAAUGUGCGUAUCGAGCAUAUUAAGCACUCUAAGAGCCGGGAUAGCUUCCUGAAACGGGUGAAGGAAAAUGAUCAGAAAAAGAAGGAAGCCAAAGAGAAAGGUACUUGGGUUCAACUGAAGCGCCAGCCUGCUCCACCCAGAGAAGCACACUUCGUGAGAACCAAUGGAAAGGAGCCUGAACUGUUGGAGCCCAUUCCCUAUGAAUUCAUAAAAGACCUGGACUGUGGAAAAAAAAAAAAAAAAGAAUUAGGAGAAAAGAUUUUGUAG